UCGGUGCCGGGCGAAACAGGCUAUGGGGCCGAUUCGGGAGUCUGCAGGAGUGGGCUAGCAUGGCGUCGAGCAAGAAGAGCGCUGGGAGCGGCAGGUUCGACAAAAGUGUCAACGGGAGACGCUCGUCCAAACAAAAAGAGGCUCCAGUGGACAAGGACAGAAGCUUGAACACAGAUGCUGUGAUGGACACCAAAGCGGUUUUUGUGGCCGUCUACAACGUGUGCGAGGAGAAUGCCGCCUUCUUCUCGGGAGGGUCUAAAGGGCCACAGAGUGACGCGGCCCAGCGGCUGGUGGAUACCAUGAAGCUGAUCCAGGAGCACGCUCGCAGUCUGGAACCAGUCAUCGCCGGCUUCGCCGCGGUCUACCAUCAUUUUGACUUUGACCCUCACAUACCGGCCAAUGGCUAUCGCUCGCUCGUCAAGGUGGUGCGUUGCUGCCUCCUCCACAUUAUCCACAAGGGCCGCUACAUCACCGCCAACCGGCGCAGCAUCUUCUUCCGUGUGUCCCACAAUGCCGGUGAGAUGGAAGCUUACUGCAAUGCCCUGUGCCAGUUGCGGGCGCUGCUCUACCUGGCCCAACGCAUGCUGCACGACAACAGCCACGGCGACCUCUUCUUCCACGAUGAGAGCGGCCUCAGCGAGAGCUUUGUGCGGGAAUACAGCUCUAUGCACAAGGGCUGCUUCUACGGCCGCUGCCUGGGCUUUCAGUUCACUCCAGCCAUCCGGCCCUCCCUGCAGACCAUCGCCAUCGGCCUCGUGGCCUUUGGAGAUAACUACAAGCGGCAUCAGUCUGGAAUAGUGGAGGCAGGAAGUAUUGCACCGUAUGGUGUAGCGGCCAGCUCCUUAUUUAGGUCGGGCAAGUAUGCCAUCGACCCCGAGUUGAGAGGGGCCGAAUUUGAGCGCAUCACUCAGAACCUUGACGUCCAUUUCUGGAAGACUUUCUGGAACAUCACAGAGACCGAAGUGCUGUCGAGUCUUGCCAGUAUGACGUCCACACCAGUCAAGGUGAACCGAGCGCUUUCCGUGCCUCCUGUGCCCUUCGACCUCCCACUGGCAGCCAAUCACCGAGCCUCAGUGACCAUACCGCCGCCCUCGGCGCACAUCGGUGCCGCUCCGGUUCAGAUGAGGCUCAUCUCGUAUGACCUGCGGGAAGGACAGGAUAGUGAGACCCUGCUAUCGCUCACCCGCUCUGAUGCGGGCGCCAUCUCCCUCUCGCUGAGGCUGAAGACCAAGCGGCUGCCCUCAUCCCCCUGCCUGCUCAUCCACUUUCACGGCGGAGGCUUUGUGGCGCAGACCUCCAAAUCCCACGAGCCCUAUCUGAAGAGCUGGUCCCAGGACCUGGGUGUCCCCAUUCUGUCGGUGGACUAUUCCCUGGCUCCCGAGGCCCCCUUUCCACGGGCCCUGGAGGAGUGCUUCUAUGCGUACUGCUGGGCUGUGAGGAACCACCACCUUCUAGGCUGGACCGGGGAGAAAGUGUGUCUGGCAGGCGACAGUGCCGGGGGAAACCUGUGCGUGACCACGUCGCUGCGCGCCGCCGCCUACGGCGUGCGCAUGCCAGACGGCCUUGUGGCCGCCUACCCGGCCACACUGCUGACAGCCUAUGCCUCGCCUUCCCGUCUGCUCACCCUCAUGGAUCCCAUGCUGCCGCUCAGCGUCCUCUCCAGGUGUCUUAGUGCCUAUGCAGGUAAUGAGCCGCACACGGAGAAACAGGUGGAGAAGGUGAGCACACUCAGCAUGGUGAAGAGAGACACGGCCCUGCUGCUCCGAGACUUCAGGUACGGCGCGUCCAACUGGAUCCACUCUCUACUGGACUCCAACAGAACCGCCAGCCCGCCCAGCACGGGUGCAGAGGCGCAACCUGAAGCCACUGACUUGGUGAGGAAGAGUGUGUCCGAGGCAUCAAUCUCAUCUCCCAACGUGGACCCGCCGGCACCCUCAGAGCCCGUGGACUACGCCGGGAAAUUAUCUGGGAAGAGCCAGACAUACCUGGACUUGGGAGCUCAUAAUUCCAGCUCCCACUGUGCACCGCUUAUGUCUGAACGCACUCCAGAAGAAGUCCACUUCACCAUCUCCAUGGACAAUCAUAAAUCUUUGCACAGUGAUCUGUCUUCGGUGGCCAUAGCGCCCCCUGGUGGCGAGGAUGGCUCUGAGUUCCCGCUUGGCUUUGAGCCGCUGCGUUCGGAGCAACUGUCUGAGAUGAAAUUGCACAGUUCGCCGGUGGUCAAGGACCCCUUCUGCUCGCCCCUUCUGGCCCCUGACAGCAUGCUGAAGGCUCUGCCGCCCGUGCACAUUGUGGCGUGUGCUCUGGACCCCAUGCUGGAUGACUCUGUGAUGUUCGCCAAGCGCCUGCGGGCCGUCGGGCAGCCCGUCACCCUGUGUGUGGUGGACGACCUCCCCCACGGCUUCCUAAGCCUGUCGCAGCUCUCCCGGGAGACAAGGGAGGCGGCCAACGUGUGUGCUGAGCGAAUCCGCGCCGUCUUCACCCAAAAGGAGACGCCGCGCAAGCACCGCAAGCUGGAACGGACCGACAGGGGCGAAAACACCGCCGCCCUGUUUGUCGGAGGUGAGCUGGACACGGGACUUGGGGCUAAGAUGACUGAAGGGGAUGGCUUUGUUACUAUCACCCAAAGUGACGUUGAGGGUGUCGGGGCUUAGGAAAGACACAUUUAAGCAAGCCGAUGCUGAGACCACAAAGAGGAAGUCACUGUCCCUCUGCUUUAAAAACUUGACGGUGUUCUUGUAUGAACGCCGUCUUGCACGCGUAACAUGGUGCGUCACGCUUUUAAGGAAAUACAAUGUAGCAACACGGAUCUAUUUUGCCUAGAUCAGGUGUCUUGGUGCUCCAGCGUCAUUGAUGAUUUGUGGAGUGGAAAUCCUGGAUGGGUUUAUCAGAUAAGUCUCCUCAGAUGUAUCGUUCCAAUCUGAACGGCCUCCAUUGUCCUUUGGAGAAUCUCUCCACAGCGCACUUAAUAGGGCCACAUUGUCCUCUCCAUUACGCCGACAAUACGGCUCACUGUGUUGACGCUAACUCUGUUGACCUCAAAUCCAAUUAACUGAAAAACAGACCCGAAAGAAAGGCUGCAUUGAACGUUUCGUUCCUGGUGGACUUCCCCCCCAAUCAUUGCUGUCAGUUUACCCAUUUCUAUUACAUAUCAAUUUCUGUACUGUAAUUUAGAAUACCUUGUACCAGACAUUUUUUUGUCGCGUUGAUCUGUAAUUCUAUGCUGUUGAUUCCAUCAUUUGUGGAAUGCUUAGUACUUGUUAAGUAACAGCCGCUCUGGACUCUGCAGCUAAACUGAGUGGCUUUUUUUUUUUUUUUUUUUUUUUUGUCGUCUAUCAAUGUCUACCGAGACCAUGAGGAGGAGGAGGCAUAGACAUUAUGCAGUACAGUAAUUGGCGUGAGCCCAUGGGCAAUUGACCCCCCCACCCACCUAAAAAGGUGUAUAAGUGCCUGGAGAUGCCACAAAGCACAACAUGAAGCUCCUCAACUCACUUCAACAUAGUUCAUUGGCACAAAAUUCCACAAGAUAGUGGCAAAGCAUUACAUGAGGCUCCUCAACUCACUUGAACAUACUGUAGUUCCUUGGAACGAAGAUGUCAUUAGAUGGGAUUUUGGCCUGAGCAAAAAAAAACAGCGUACAGGUGUUUUUUAGCGAAUAAUUGAGGAUAGGCUCCUAAAACAAUUAGCGGAUAGGUUAAUUCGCAAGCAGCAAAUUGUGAAUAUGCGGGGAACAUUGUAUGAAUAGUUGAAAUUGUAGAUAUACCAAAAACUAUUAUCCUCAAACAGUUUAUCAUUUCACAUUCAUCUUGUAAGAGAACCCUUAAAAAUAGAUGGCUUACAGAUUAUUUGAUUUUGAAAAAAUGCACCAGAAGUGCAUGUGUACAUGCACAUGUGGCAAAAACUCUCCUAACUUCUACUAACCACCCAGGGAUACAUUUAACUCCUCACCGACACACAAAGAUCUGAAACGCUCAGUUGAGUUGUAACACUUCAACAUACUUCUUUGAGACCAAUUCUCGUUUAGACUGCUUGGCAUUGUCUUGGGGCAUCUUAUAGAAAGGUAUAGAAAAGGCACAAAAAUUACAAAUAGGAGGGUUUUUCAGCAAAUAAUUCAGCCCAAAAAGCUUAGGAACUUUUUCAUUGGCUGGUCUGCACAGGAAAUCGUCUGUGAUGACAACUGGGAUCUUUUUUAUUGUAGUUUUACUAUGCAAUGUUCGUAUGUACUAGACUCUGGAGGUUCCACAUUUUGAAGUUCAGACUACUUCAAUAGACUUGGGCCCAGUAAGCAUCUAAAUGAACCUUCUUUGGCUUGUCAACACAAAAAGGUGACCGUAUUGAAAACAGCAGUUCCAGAAAUGGAACGGUUUGCAACACAGAAAUAUCUGGCUGCUCAGUACAAUAUGAGCAAUACAUUCAGUUACAUUUAAGCAACACAAUACAUUUCACCAAAAAGAUGCUAACAUAACUACUUAAUACUUAAGACAUUCCACCAGUACCUAUAAAACGCCACUGACCGUAUUGAUCUGCGUUAUACGUUUCUGCAAGGUGUCUUCAAAUAGGUGAGUAAUGUUACUAUAUUUUAUUAUACAGUAUUUGUGCUUGAGUGUUCGACACUGGAGGUUCCCCUGUAUUACAAAUUUAAAUAGAGUUCUAUAAUCCCUCAGCGAAAAUCUGCGUGCAAUUGAUGGUAAAAAGGUUGAUAAUUGCCAAAAGAUAUCACAAGAUGGCAGUAAAGCACUACGUUUCUGUUAGCCAGAGCUUGGUCUGUCUAAUAGAAGCUCCUCCCCUCACUUCAACAUAGUUCCUUGGCACCAAGAUGCCGCCAGAGCACCACCUUUAUACUCGAGGACUUUUCGUUGUAAAUAAAAGGAGAAUACGUUUUUUAAAAAUCUUCAUAUAUGUGAAAAUUAUGUGAAAUAUGUGAAAUUGCGAGGAGUCAAUGAUGAAUAUGCGGAGGAACACUGUCGCAUUCUAAAUCUAUGAUUCGUAUUAGCAAUUCAAUGAUGUGCAGCUUUCAGUGCCGCAGGUAGUGCUUUUUUUUUCUUGCGCGUUCCCUUGACCACACAACGGUAAUCAUCUCCAGCCCUCACUGCUUCGUUACUGCUGGUUACUGCCUCACACUUCUACGUCAUCACGGCUAGAUCCAAUUAACUAAAAGCCUUGAAACAUUUUGUAUUUUUGCCCACCGUAGGGUGGCGUUUGCCACCUUUUUCUCCAGCGUGAUGUCCAAAAUGAUGGAGGGGGGUGGAUAAAAGGAUUUACCCCAAGUGCUAAAAUCCACCCCUGUAGAAUCUGAGCGGGAUUUUCAGCAGCAAAGUCCGACUGGUGGAUUAGCCCUGAGUAUUUACUGCUACGUUUUACUGUCAGACUGAUGAAGAAAACCGGCGCAGUUGAGUAGGAAGACAGCCGAGCUCAUCCUCUCUUGCGAGCCGGGCUCAACUUUGCUCUUGCUGCACUUUUGCUGUAGUUUGUAUACAGCAUUUGUCUACACUCCAUUAUUUUGGUUGUCCUUGCCUGAUGCUUGGAAUGUGGCAUCAAGUGCAAGUGACCAUGAGGCCAAACUAGCACUUUAAUCAUCCACUACUCAAAUCACCGCAUGGAGCGUGAAAAGGUUUUUAGCCAUUUUUAUACAGAGAUCCAAAAUCUCUGCAUAGAGCCAUAACAGAAGAUGCGUCACUUAUUUUCCUGUUGCACUGCGAACUCAGAAUUUUGCUGCCUUUAGAUAAUUAGAUGACGCCAACGCUACUGCCUAGUGUUAUGUAUAAUUGGUGCUAUUUGGUACUUGCUUUUUAUUCGCUUUCAACACAAGAGGGCAGGAGGGGUGUUGGGUGUUAAACUUCACACACUGGUACCACCAUUUCUGGUGUUCCCAGUUCAUGAUAUUGGUCUGUUGUUAAGAUGCGGACAAACAUGAACAUUUGAAGUCAUCAGUUGAUAAUGUUGCCGUUCAAUUUUGUAAGUGGUGGUAAUGAACACUUCUUUCCACAUAGAGCCCAGCAAAGGUGGGAUAUUGUUGUAACUUUUUUCGCACAGCGACAUGACGUCCGACAAUCGGAUAAUUAGAUGGCAGAAGCGUCUGAUAAUAUAGUCGUUUGAUAAUGACAAUUGCUUUCAACGGAAGUGAGUUUCUGAUAACUUCGCAAUUGUCUCGCCAUUUCUGGCCUUCCUCAUUUGUGAACAAUUUCGCAAAUGUGUGGUUAAUCGACACGGCGGGAAAAACAUGAUUUGAGUAGUCAUGGGUUGCAGUUGAUAAUCAUCCACUCCAGUCUUGUGAUGAACACUCCUUUUCACACUUCCGUUUUUAUUAUUAUUUUUUUUUUUUAUGAAUUGCUGAUUUAGUACUGUCAAAGUAUGCUGGAACAGCUGAGUCACUUUUAUUUCACACCCACCAACCAACCUGUUGUCGUCAUGCUUCAGUCUUUAUGGCGACAUGCUGCAUCACUUAAUAUCCCCGAACCUCGCCCACACCCCCGCUGAACUUUACUUUGUGGUCAACUAGAAAAGUCUGAUUAGGGAUGAGGAUACUCGAGUCCGACUUUGAGACCGGCGGAUUUUGAAAAGAUUUACCGACGAGACCCCAGCUACCUCAAGCAUCUCGGCGCACACAUCGUUGAAAAAUAAUUGGGGUUCUCAAUGGAGAGGUUGGAAUUUUUUCACUGGUAGAGUGAAAAAUUUCCCAGUUUGAUCGGCACUUCUUCAGCAAGCAUGUGUUCGGAUUUAAAAUCAAUAGGAUUUGCGAGUUGGAAAGUUGGUCCUAUCCUUGGCCAGCUUGAAACCAAAAUAAUUCCAGAUCACUAAGAUUCUUGCUUUAGGAAUGAAAGACAGGAAGACAUUUUUGACUGAUUAUAGGACACUUGAGCCAGGCUGAGUAGAGAAAGCAGAUCACUCUAGUUCUUGGUUAGUCAUAGAAUGGAAAAACAGGUCGGACUUUUUGACUUCUUUGUGGACAUUUUACCAUUUUGACCACCGCUUCUUUAGCGAGCGUGAGUUCAGAUAUGAUUUAAAACCAGUUUGGAUUUCAGUUCACAUCACCACGGUUCUUGCCUGGCCAAAGACGGGUUUAAAUUAAUGACACCGGGUUAGUUAAUGACACCGGGUUAGACUUCCAAAUCUUUAGCCAGGAUGUGUUUGGCUUCCAUUUCAAAUCAAUUCGAUUUAUGUUGGAUUGGAACAUUGUCCCUGUCCUUUGCCAACUUGAAUUAAAACACAAAAAUCCCUUUAAGGAGAACAGUUAAAAAUUGCGACGAGUGGACUCAUUAAUUUUGAAACCAAAGUUAGCUACUGACCUAAAGUGCGUCAUAGACUUUUUCUGAAAUUACGUCAGUUGUGCAUCAAUCAAUCUUAAAUUAUUAAAGACUGCAGGUUAAAAUGCUGAGACCAUAUUUUCUGUUCAUUUGUUUUCCAGUCAAUGCAGCUGCUAGUUCACUUUAUUUACUUUUAAUAGCAUCAUGCUGUAAAAAUGCUAAUCAGCUGUAGUUAAACAAGUCAUGGACUGGAAGCAACGCUGCAUUUCCAUUAAGAAAACACCACAAGUGCAAACCUGUGAAUUUAAAUAAAAAGAAGUUGAAUGUAUUUUUAACCUUAUGAUUCGUGUAGAUAUUUUUAUCUAAAGAGCUGUUUGUCAAAUGUGAUUCUUUGCAGAGUUCAUACACAAAUUGUCUAUUAAUUUUUAUCAAAAAUAAAAUCUAU